CCUCAAUAAGUAGAUGUCACUGAAACCAGUAAAGAGUAAUUCACAAUUCGCUGUCGUUCAGUAAUUAUCAAGCAAGGGAGCAAGACGCAUUACAAGAUAGUUGCUCAGGAAGUGCCCACGUUCUCACGGCAAUACAAACAAUUUUUGAAUAAAAAUCUCUAGGCUGACAAGGUGUAGGCUAAUUGUUCUAAUACAUUCUACGUACCAAACGACAAAUUUUAUUGAGAAGAAAAGUUAUUUUUAAUAUCUAAAAAUGAAUCCUGCGGUAGAUCCUGCGAUAAAUCCUGCGGUAGAUCCUGCGGUGGAUCCUGCGGUGGAUCCUGCGGUGGAUCCUGCGGUGGAUCCUGCGGUGGUUCCUUCAUCAAAUUCCACACCUGGUAAUAAAACAUACAGGAAAUAUAAUUCUAUCGACACAAUUGGACUGCAUGUGGGGAAACGUGAUUUUGUUCAGCGCGAUAAAGACACUGAGCCCAUUGAUGGUGUUGUCUGGCUCGAUCCUGACUACGUGGAGGGUCAGACUGUGUAUGUAAGUGUGUUGGCAAUAUUCAAAUACGGUAACGAAGAUAUCGAAAACAUGGGAUUACAUUCAGAAAUCCUGCUCAUCAACGUCCCUCAACAAGUCUAUCCACCUCUCAAGUCUCAACUGCCGUUAACUCCGCUGCAACGAAAAUUGAUACGUCAAUUAGGCUCAAAAAAUUUGUAUCCCUUUAGCAUUAAAUUACCGAAAUAUUUUCCAAACUCUGUCGUACUCCACCCGACGCCCGAUAAUGGCGAGGAUCCCUGUGGGAUUGUACAUGAACUUAAAGCUUAUAUCGCUGAAAGCCCGAACAAAGUGAACGAAGUGAAAGAACCAGAUUUUGUGACGGUGGGAAUCAGAAAAGUAGUGUACGCGCCAUCACAACCGGGUGAACAGCCGACAGUGAAGAAAGUCAAGAGAUUUUGGUUUUCAAGCCCACUUGUUAUCGAGGCUUCGCUGGGCAAAGAGAUAUAUUAUCAUGGAGAAACGAUCACAGUAAACAUGACUAUUACUAAUAACAGCAUAUUAUUCGUCAAGAAGAUUAUUGUGACUGUGAAACAAUCAGCUACGUUACGUAUGUCCUUGGAAUCAAACCUCACUACUUCAGUCGCUGAAGUAAAAAGCGAAAGAGGAUUUUCGGUCUCACCUGGUCAGAGAGUAAGCAAAAUCUUCGAGAUAACACCACUUCUUUCCAAUAACAGAAAAAAAAUUCAUGUAGCAGUCGAUGGUCAGACGCAGAAUGCAGAUACCAAUCUAGCAUCUAGUUCAAAGUAA